AGCCUUGCCCGGUCACUCUUCAGAUGUUAUCUACUGUGCUGACUCCAAAGAAAUGAUUAACUUCUUGACCUUUACAAGGUCUCUGCUGUGGCCACCUGAGCCCUACAAGAUGUUUCACGGGAUCCCAGCCACUCCAGGCAUGGGAGCCCCUGGAAACAAGCCGGAGUUAUAUGAGGAGGUGAAGCUGUACAAGAACGCCCGGGAACGGGAGAAAUAUGACAACAUGGCGGAGCUGUUUGCGGUUGUGAAGACAAUGCAGGCUCUGGAGAAGGCAUACAUCAAGGACUGCGUCACCCCCAAUGAGUACACUGCAGCCUGUUCUCGGCUCCUGGUCCAGUACAAAGCCGCCUUCCGGCAGGUUCAGGGCGCAGAAAUCAGCUCCAUUGAUGAAUUCUGCCGCAAGUUCCGUCUGGACUGCCCACUCGCCAUGGAGAGGAUCAAAGAGGACCGUCCUAUCACCAUCAAAGAUGACAAGGGCAACCUGAACCGCUGCAUUGCAGACGUGGUCUCGCUCUUCAUCACGGUUAUGGACAAACUGCGCCUGGAGAUCCGUGCCAUGGAUGAGAUCCAGCCUGAUCUGCGGGAGCUGAUGGAGACCAUGCACCGCAUGAGCCACCUGCCCCCCGACUUCGAGGGCCGCCAGACCGUCAGCCAGUGGCUGCAGACCCUGAGCGGCAUGUCAGCCUCUGAUGAGCUAGAUGACUCCCAGGUGCGCCAGAUGCUCUUUGACCUGGAGUCGGCCUACAACGCCUUCAACCGCUUCCUGCAUGCCUGAGGCCCCCUGUCCCGGGGUCUGGGGAGGAAGGCUCUCCGGUGGGCCCGGUGGAGGGGCCGCAGCUGCGCUCCACGCUCGACCCCUGGAUGGUCUGCAUGCGCCUUGCUGUUCAUAGCAGCUCCUCCGUCUGUGUGUCCGUCCACCCCAGAGCUCUCUCCCUGCCCUCCCCACAAUAAAGAUGCUUUCUGAUCCCCC